AUGGCCAGGUUUGUGCUGGUGCAAGCCAGGCACCCAUUCCAAGAAAAGGAGCAGGAAAAUGUGGCUGCGGAUUGCCUCCAUGUCAGGAUGGGGAUUCAAUACCGGGGACUAUUCCAAAUGAUCCUCGUGCUAGGAAUAGGGGGCAGCUUCCCCUACGGGUUUCACAUUUCUGUGAUCAACUAUCCUUCCUUGCAUAUUAAGAAAUUCAUUAAUGAGACCUGGCUGGAACGGCAUGGCUCACCACUCCCUCAAGAGAACAUUGUCUUGUUGUGGUCCUGCAUUGUGUCCAGUUACGGGAUUGGAGGACUCUUAGGGAGUGUCUGUUGUGGGUACCUCACCACAAAAUAUAGGAAAAAAAAGUGCCAGAUGUUCGCCAACCUUAUCACGCUGACUGCUGCCCUGCUCAUGGGUUUCAGCAAGAUGGCCAGAUCUUUUGAGAUGAUCCUCCUUGGGCGCCUCCUGUGUGGGGUUGGCAUCGGGUUUUCUUUCAAUAUACAUCCUCAAUACGUGGGAGAGAUUUCACCAAAGAAGUUGCGUGGAUUUACGAAUGCCACUGUUGCUGUUUUUCUGACACUUGGAAAAGUCGCAGGACAAGUUAUCGGCCUUGGGGAAAUUUUGGGCUCAGAGUCCUUAUGGCCCCUGCUGCUGGCUUUCAGUGGACUCACAGUGACAAUCCAGCUGGUGACACUCCCCUGCUUCCCUGACUCCCCACCCUACCUCCUGAUACAGAAGGGCAACGAAGACGCCUUCCAGAAAGCCAUCAGACAGCUCUGGGGUGAAGGUGACCAUCAAGCUGAGAUUGAUGACAUCAAGAGGGAAAAGGCAGCCAUGUCUUGCACGAAAAGUCUCCGAGUCCUGGAGGUGUUGAGGGCCCAGUCGCUGCGCGGGCAGCUGUAUGUGAUGAUCACCGUCAUGACCACUCUGCAGCUGUGCGGCAUCAACGCAAUCUACUUCUACUCAUCUGAAGUUUUCCGCACAGCCCAGUUUGAAGAAACCCUCAUUCCGUAUGUUGCGCUGGGUAUUGGCAUCUCUGAGUGCCUCUCAUCCAUCCUGUGUAGUUCUCUGAUUGAGCGUUUUGGGCGGAAACUUCUGCUCUGGGGAGGAUAUGCUGUGAUGGUGCUGGUGCUGGCUGCGCUCACAGUAACCCUCUCACUCCAACAUCGCUUCUUUUGGAUGCACUACUUGAGUGUCAUUUUCAUCUUCCUCUUUGUAAUCUUCUACGGAAUUGGACCUUCUGGUGCCACAAUAUCAGUUAUGGUUGAAAUCUUCAAUCAGACAUACCGUCCAUCUGCCUUUGUGAUUGUGGGAUUUAUCAACUGGAUGGGACUCUUUCUGCUUGGGAUGAUCUUCCCGUUCGCUGUGGAAUAUCUUGGUCCCUUCUGCUUCCUGAUUUUUAUGGGUAUCCUGGCUGUUUCAAGUGUAAUCAUCUACUUAUAUGUUCCAGAAACAAAGGGAAAAUCCAUUCUCGAAAUUACAGCAGAGUUUAAUAAGCUAAAUUAUGGAAAGAAACAAGUUUUUCUCAAUAAUUUUCCAAAGGAAACUGUACUUUGUACGAAACUUUGAACUGCAAAAUUUCCAUAUCUCAAGAACUGCAGGGCACAUAAAAUUGUAAACCAAACCAUUUACAACACUGAAGCACUUGUUCUGCAAUUUUGCAUAGCUUCACAAAGAGCAAAACCCACCUGUUUGCAUUUGAUGAAGAACGUCUGAUAGGCUUUGGAGCACAGAGUGCAGUACGGCACA